AUGAAGUGUGAGUAUUUGGAUUACAUAUUGGUGCCAUUAGGAAUGGGUUUGAUGGUAUUCUAUCAUAUGUGGCUUCUCCAUCGCAUCAUCCAUCGUCCAUCUUCUACUGUCGUUGGCAUCAACGCCUUUAAUCGCCGCCUCUGGGUCCAAGCCAUGAUGGAGGACUCAUCGAAAAACGGUGUUCUAGCGGUUCAAACGCUAAGAAACAACAUAAUGGCGUCAACACUAUUGGCAUCAACCGCAAUAAUGUUGUGUUCACUAAUCGCGAUACUAAUGACCAGCGGUACAGGAGAACGAUCAGUUUGGUUUGUGUUUGGAGACAAAAGCGACCGAGCCUUCUCGAUCAAGUUUUUCGCAAUACUUGUUUGCUUCUUAGUCGCGUUUCUUCUCAACGUUCAAUCAAUCCGUUAUUACAGCCAUGCAAGCAUCCUCAUCAAUGUCCCCUUUAAACAGCUCAGUCAUGGUAGUCUUAAGAUGAACCGAGACUAUGUGGCUGCUACAGUUAACCGUGGGAGUUACUUUUGGUCGUUAGGACUAAGAGCGUUCUACUUCUCAUCUCCUUUGUUCCUAUGGAUCUUUGGUCCUAUACCGAUGUUCAUAACUUGUUGCGUUCUUGUUUCGUUGUUAUACUUUCUUGAUUUAAUAUUCGACUCGAUGGAUUGUACUGUUGGGGUUGCAGACGUGGAGGAGACUGAGAUUAGAAGCUUAGCUGAAAAUGUUUAG